AUGGCCCACUCCAAUCCAACGGCCACUCUUUCCUCAUCAUCUCUCUCUCUCUCUCGAAGCCCUCUCCCUGUGAAUCACCGAGCUCAACUCUCUACUCUGUUCAUCUCGCUCCUUAACAGGAGAUCAAUGAUGGUGAAUGCAAAAGGUUUGGAUGAUGCUUCUACCCCUAAUUCAGGUCCCCUGAAUAAUGGUGGAGAUAAAUCUGCUCUAACUGAAACAAUUGCAUCCAGUCAAGUAAAGUUGAAUGUAGCCGAAACUGUUGUUUCUGAAUAUGCAAAUAAGAUGAAAAAUACGGUGGAGGAAGUGAUGCAUGAAGAAAAUGAGAUACUCAUUUUGAGGAAUGAGGAGAAUGCAGUGGAAGAAGGAAUUAAUGGAGAAAAUAUGAUGUUAGAAAAAGAAAAAGAAGAAGAAUACGAUGAAGAAGAGGAUGAAGAUUAUGCAAUGGAAGAAGAAAAUGAUGAUACAGAUGCAACGGAUGAAGAAGAAGAAGAAGAAGAACAAGAAGAAGAAGGAGAACAAAAAGAGCAGGAAGAGGACGAGGAAACAGGAGGAGGAGGAGGUGGAAAUGCAGCAGAAGAAAAACAGAAAGAUGAGAAAGUAGAACUAAAACCAAAGGAGAACGGCAAAAUAUCAAGGAAAAGGAGCAGAAGGAAGAAGGUGGCACAAGGAGGCUCUGAGACAAUGGCGGCUAAAGGUGAAGAUAAGCCAGGAUCAUCUGGCAAGAAAAAGGUCUCAAAGAAGGCCGAGAGCAUGGGUUUGGUUUUCAUGUGCAGUUCGAAGACAAAGAAGGACUGCUACCGCUACAAGGUUCUCGGGCUGCCCGCAAGCAAGAGAGAUGUCGUACAGAAGGUUUAUAAAGGGAUGAGACUGUUUUUGUUUGAUGUUGAUCUGAGGUUGAUGUAUGGAAUAUAUAAAGCUGCCGGACCAGGGGGUUCUAACAUUGAACCCAAGGCUUUCAAGUCACAGUUUCCAUCUCAGGUUAGUUUGCAUAUCAGUUGUGUGCUGUGA